AUGGAGCUGGAACAGCGUUUGCCCGGGACGAAGACCUUCAUCGACUGCGAUGACUUGAACGACUUGACACGGCUCUUCAGCUACGUGGGCCAGGAUACUCAAACCUUCUUGGUGCUGUGCAGCCCCGACAUCCUCACGCGCAAGUGGUGCGAAAAGUUCAUCGCCAAAUAUCCGACGAUCGUUCCGGACAUCAACGAGCUCACCAAGUACGGCAUCAGCCUGCAGGACGUGGAGGAAGCCCUCCGGUGGCUCGCCAUCGUGCCAGGCCAAGCGUUGCCCGAGCAGAUCUCCCCUACAACGACCCACUUGAUGGUCACCGGCCUGGUGACUGCCGGGACGAAGGCACCAAGCACCAAGCUGAGCGCCCGGGCCCAGUCCUUCACCUCGGAGUAUGGCACCAACUUCCCCGUGCUCGUGGAUCCAAUGAACUCGGAAGCGGUGGCUGCAGCGAUGGUGCUGAGCAGCCUGUUGAAGCCGAAACUCUUGGGCACCAAUUUGCCUCUUCCCUCAAUCCAGCUCAGCGGUCUUGAGGUCGCGCAGGAAGCCACACUUUCCUUGUUAAUUUGCAGCCAUGGAUGCUUCAAGUCAGAGCAGCUUCAGACCUGGCUUUUGCAAGCUUCGCGACUGCCAAAGUGCUGCAUGAUUCCAGUGAUCACGGAGGACGCUUUCGAGAUGCCAUCUCCAGCCUUCUUCGCGGAACUCCAAACCACAUCGAAGUUGACGGAUGACGAGCUGCGCUUGUAUGUGAUGGUGAUCAAGGCCCUGUUCCAGGAGAUCGCCGUCGUCUUCGUGCCGCAGAACUACGCGUCGACGCAUGAGGAUUUGCGGCUCCGCGCCAACCAGGCCGUUUAG